CUGCCUAUCUAGCAGCAGCUUCUGUCUCUGACCUCAGCGUCUUUUUUUAUAAAUCUAUGUGACAUGCUCUAGCAUGUUACCACAAACUACUGAUACUAGCUCACUGCAUAGCUCAGCCCAGAUAUAUCACAAACUUUUUGUUACACCACACCCACUCACACACCACAAGCAAGCCCAUCAGCAGUCGGCACACAAGCCCUGUGCGCUCAACUGACAGGGCCCUCCGCUAUCGCUCGCUACAAACUGUCUGUCUGCCAGUGUACCAGAGUGCUAAAGCUGGGCGAGGGUAAGAAUGGCGGAGCUAGACAGCCUGGAGUUUGGGAAGUCAGACUUUGUCCUGCUGGAUGAAGUGAACAUGGAGCAGUUUCUUGACAAUCUCAAGUUAAGGUUUGAGAAGGACCGAAUCUACACCUACAUUGGAGAGGUUGUUGUGUCGGUGAACCCCUACAAACAGAUGGAUAUCUUUGGGAAGGAAGUGAUCGAGUCGUACCAGGGCCGCGAGCUGUACGAGCGCCCACCGCACCUCUAUGCUGUCGCAGACGCAGCCUACAAGGCUAUGAAGAGGAGAGCCAAGGACACCUGCAUUGUGAUUUCCGGUGAGAGCGGUGCUGGGAAAACAGAGGCCAGCAAAUACAUAAUGCAGUACAUUGCAGCCAUCACCAAUCCCAGCCAGAGGGCAGAGGUGGAAAGCGUUAAGAAUGUCCUGCUGAAGUCCAACUGUGUGCUGGAGGCUUUUGGGAAUGCCAAGACCAACCGGAACGAUAACUCCAGUCGAUUUGGGAAGUACAUGGACAUCAACUUCAACUUCAACGGAGACCCGACUGGAGGACACAUCAACAACUAUCUUCUGGAGAAGUCUCGGGUUAUCAAGCAGCAAGAAGGGGAAAGGAAUUUUCACUCUUUCUACCAGCUGCUGCUGGGAGGAUCAGAGGAGAUGCUGAGGUCUCUGCACCUCAAGAAGGAUCCUGCAAUGUACUGCUUCACCAGAGAGGGCACUAUUUCCAAUAUGUCCGGCGAUGACAUGUCCAAUCACAAAGCUGUGAUGAGUGCAAUGAAGGUGAUCGGGUUUAGCUCAGAGGAGAUCAAUUCUGUCUACAAAAUCCUAGCCAUCAUCUUGCAUCUUGGUAACCUAGUGUUUGAGAGCGACGGGGACAGCGUGCUGGUGCACAGCGAGGACUUGGUGUGUCAAAUCGCAGAGCUGGCAUGCACGCAGCCGGACAUAGUCAGGAAGACUCUGCUGUACCGCACCGUAGCGACAGGAGGGGGGGAUGUUAUCGACAAGGGACACAGCAUUCAUGAGGCCAGCUUCGGCAGGGAUGCCUUUGCCAAGGCGCUCUAUGAGAGGUUGUUCUGCUGGAUAGUAAGCCGCAUUAACGCUGUGAUUGAAGUGAAGGAUUACAACCCCCUGCUGCAUGGCAAGAAUACCGUCAUCGGAGUACUUGACAUCUACGGCUUUGAGAUCUUCGACAACAACAGUUUCGAACAGUUCUGCAUCAAUUACUGCAACGAGAAGCUGCAGCAGCUGUUCAUCGAGCUGAUCCUGAGACAGGAACAAGAGGAGUACCAGCGCGAGGGCAUCGAGUGGCAGCAUAUCGAGUACUUCAAUAACCAGAUCAUCGUGGAUCUGGUGGAGCAGCCUCACAAGGGAAUCAUCUCCAUCCUGGACGAGGCCUGUCUGAGUGUGGGGCAUGUCACAGACACGCACUUCCUGGAGUCCAUGGACAAGAAGCUGAGCAAGCACCCCCACUACACCAGCCGCAAGCUUUGCGCCUCAGACAAGACGAUGGAGUUCCUGCGAGACUUCAGGAUCAAGCAUUACGCUGGCAACGUCACGUACAGCGUGGAGGGAUUCCUCGACAAGAACAAGGACCCUCUCUUCCAAGACUUCAAGCGCUUCAUGUAUAACAGCUUGGACCCGGUGCUGCAGGAGAUGUGGCCGGAGGGUCAGCUGAGCAUCACUGAGGUGACCAAGCGCCCGCUGACCGCUGCCGUCCUCUUCAAGAACUCCAUGAUCUCUUUAGUGGAGAACCUGGCCUGUAAGGAGCCCUACUAUGUACGCUGCAUCAAGCCCAACGAGGUGAAGUCUCCAGUUCAGUUUGAUGAGCAGCGCUGUCGGCACCAGGUGGAGUACCUGGGUCUGCUGGAGAACGUGAGGGUGCGACGGGCUGGCUUUGCAUACAGGCAGCCCUACGCCAGGUUCCUGCAGCGGUACAAGAUGACCUGUGAGUACACCUGGCCCAAUCACCUGAUGGAGACCGACCGGGAGGCUGUGGAGGCCAUCAUCACACAGCAUGACUUCCAGGGUGACGUGGCAUACGGGCUCUCCAAGGUGUUUCUGCGCACACCCCAGACCCUCUUCACUCUGGAGAGUGAGAGAGCAGCCCUCAUCCCCAUCAUAGUCCUCUUCCUGCAGAAGGUGUGGCGUGGAGCCCUGGCCCGGAAGCGUUGCCGUGGGAUGCGGGCAGUCUACUGCAUCAUGAGCUGCUUCAAGCGGCACAAGGUAAAGGCUCACUUCAGAGAGGUGGAGAAGAGGUUUGCCAACGUGCGCAACAUGAGUGACUACGGCAAGAGCAUCGAGUGGCCCACUCCCCCGGCCGUGCUGCUGCAGUUCCAUGAGAACACCAAGUACCUGUUCCGCAGGUGGCGGGCUCGUCAGAUCAUCAAGAACAUCCCCCCCUCCCACAUGCCGGAGGUGCGCGCCAAGGUGGCGGCCAUGGAGGUUCUGAGAGGGGAGCGACUGGACUGGGGCUACAGCAGGACCUGGGAGCGAGACUACCUUUCCAGUGCGAAGGAGAACACACAGAUGUGCACACAGUUUGUGAAGGUGGCGAAGGAGCUGAAAAGCAAAGACAAGUACAACACUGUUCUCUUCUCCUGCCUGAUCCGCAAGGUGAACCGCUUCAAUAAGAGUAAGGACCGGGCUCUGCUUCUCACAGACAGGCACUUGUACAAACUGGAGCCGCGCAAGAACUUCAAACUGCUGAAGAGCCUGCCUCUGGAGAGUUUGACCGGAAGGAAAAAAAAAUAUUGUAACAUGACUCAGGAGAACAGAAGCAUCUUUGAGAGAGUAAUCAACAGAGAGAGAACACAGCUACAUUACAGUACAAGCCUGGGGUUGUUUGUGUUCAGCUGCUUCCUGCAUGUGAAUGGUGUGAGCGUGACCUGCAGCCGGGACCAGCUGGUGGUGUUCCACACGGUGCAGAAGGAUGACAUGCUGACCUGUCUGCAGAGAGUGCAAGGCUGUGAGAAUGAGGACCGUGUCGGGGAGCUGCUGGGUGUGCUCGCUGACCACUUCAAACGGUUAAAGACACCCCUGCAGGUGACAGUGCAACGCUCAGCUAUCCAGUUCCAUAUGCGCGGGCAGCAGAAGUGCGUUUCCGUGGAAACCAAGAUUGGCCAUAACCAGCCUGACUUCCGCAAGAGCCGAGGCGGCUUCACCCUGUACCUGCCAGGAAACUAAGAGCAGGCAUGGCUGAUCCGCAGUAGGACCUCUCUCCGCAGGACUGGAACACAAACCCUGGGAAGAGAUUAGGAACUGGUGGGGCUGCCUAUAGUGGAGUACUGUUCUUUUCAUUUUUGUACACUGCAGUUAUACUUCCUUUCAAAUAUACAUAAUAUACAUAUAUAUUACGCACACA